UCCUAUCCCAAAGCUGUGCAGAGAAGAGCAACACUGUGCUCGAUCUUCAUUCCCAAUUUUCCAUUUCACUAUAAGAUUGGAUAUCAACAACAGAACAAAGUUAGCUUCAUUAGUCUCUGUUCUCUCUGGCGAUCCAUCGACAUCCAUAGCAUCCAUCAUAUUCUGUAGAGCCCUAAUUGGAAUAACCAGAGUUCAAAACUGAAAAAAUGUCGUGGUUCAAAUCGGCCAUGAGCAAAGCCGUGGAGGUUGGGAACAAGAACAACCUCACCCGCACUGUCAAGAACUACGCAGACUCCGUUGUUCAACAAGCCGGUCAAGCUGUCGCAGACGGCGCCAAACUCCUCCAGGAUCGUAUUGGGAAUAGGAACUUCAAAAGUUUCAAACAGAUGGUCAAAAGAUUGGAAGAAGCUUCUGUCUCUUGUAGGGGACCAGAGAGAAUUCUAUUGAUGAAAAGGUGGUUAGCUGUACUUAAAGAAAUUGAAAAGAGGACUGAGGUUUCUGCUGAAGAUAAGGAAAAGAUCAACGAGCAGCAGUAUCCUUCCGAAGAAAUAAAGGAGAAUCCAAGAAAACAAUCUCUGGUUCUCUAUUAUGAUACGGAGAUGGGUGGUGAGCCAAUGAACUUCCAUGAUGUCUUUCUAUACAGUCAAGCUUUGGAGGGCAUAUCAAUAUGUAUGAUUCUUGAAGCGCCAAAUGAAGAGGAAGUCUCUCUCCUUCUUGAAUUGUUUGGACUCUGUCUCACGGGAGGAAAAGAGGUGCACUAUGCAAUAGUCAGCAGUAUCCAGGAUCUGGCAAAAGUUUUCUCAAGCUACAAAGAUGAAGUAUUGGUAAAGCAAGAGGAGCUGCUCCAGUUUGCAGAAAGUGCUAUCACUGGCUUGAAAGUUAAUGCGGAUCUUAGGAGAAUUGAUGCGAAAGUCUCCUCAUUGAAGAAAAAACUAGAUGAAAUAAAAGCAGCUAAGGACCCAAAUGGUCAGGGUCAUGAAGUGAUGUCCCAAGAGAGUGUUGCUUCAAUAGAGGCUCUGAAAGAAGCACUUGCACAUAUUCGGGUCUGCUCAAAAUUAGAAGGGCUUUUACUGAAGAAGAAAACUCUUAAAUAUGGGGACUCUCCUGAAGUCCAUGUACAGAAGGUUGAUAAACUGAAAGUCUUGUCUGAAUCUCUUGCUAGCUCUACCGGAAAAGCUGAAAAGAAGAUCUCCGACCACAGAAUACAGAAAGAGGAGGCACUAAAAUUUCGUGUGGCCAAGACUAGCGAAGUUGGUGAAAUAGAGGAGGAAUUAGUGGCUGAGAUUUCUACACUGAAGAAACAACGAGAUGAGAUUGAAGCUCAAUUGAAACAGGUCAAUAUCUCACUGGCUGCAGCUAAUGCACGCCUUCAAAAUGUCCGAGAAGAGAGGGACCAAUUCUAUGAAGCUAAUGAUCAGAUUGUUGCUCAUUUGAAAACCAGGGAAGAUGAGCUGACACAAUCCAUUGGCUCUUGUAAAGUUGAAGCAAAUAUCCUCAGUACAUGGAUUAAUUUUUUGGAAGAUACAUGGACACUUCAGUCUUCCUUUACAGAGAGUAAAGACAAAGAGGUCAAUGUUGAACUCGAAAAGCAUGAGGCUUAUUUUGGGAACUUGAUAUUGCAACUCCUCUCUUUUUAUGAGAAAGAGUUGAGGCCUUCUAUUGAUCGCAUUGCUAAAUAUAUUGAAAACUUGAAGACUUUAGGUGACAGCUCUGCUGUGGGAUCUGGUGGGUCAAAAUCACUGAGUCCUAGAAAAAAUCUGGAGGAGGAAUACUUGGACUACGAAGCCAAGAUUGUGACCACCUUUAGCGUAGUUGACAAUAUGAGGGAGCAGUUCUACGCUCAACAAGAGAAAAUCUGCAGGAAAGAUGAUCCAAAAAUAAAAGAACUAUUUGAAAACAUUGAGAAGCUUAGACAGGAAUUCGAUUCUGUUGAAAGACCAAACCUAGAAAUGGAAAUCCCUGUUGAAGAGGGAAACUCUUCUUCUCAUGAAAGGGUAGAUGAUGAUAUAUCACAUCCUUCGGAGCAGGACAUAGAAACUGUUGUAGCUGGGGAAAAAAAGGAAAAUGAGACACCAUCUGCCAAAACCGAGGAGGUCCUCGACCCUGAAGCAGAGUUAGCAAAGCUAGAAUCUGAAUUUGGUCAGAUAAAUCGCAAUUACUCUGCAGAAGAGAUUGGUGACUGGGAAUUUGAUGAGUUGGAGAAAGAGCUGAAAUCCGGGGAGUCAGCAACGAGAAAAUAGAUACAGACAUCAGAUAUAUUUGGUCCUUCUUAAUAAUGUAUAAGUUGUCAUUUAUGUACACAUGCUAAGAAAUUCUGUGAUUUAAGCUCCGAAAUGCUCCAAACGUUUUUCUUUUUCUUUUUCAGGUUGUAUCACUAAAUGCAGUUCCAUGCGUUCAUUCUGUAAAUUAUCGAAGUUGUGGUUGUACAACACCAAUUCACUAGACAAACCUGUAGGAAAUUUGUUUAGCUAUAUAGAUUGUAUACAUUCAAACGUAUCUUCCCAAACAAAGACAUUGUUGAAGCAUUUGGAAA